AUGUCGUUACAACCUAUUCAAUCAGAACCGGUAUAUGCCGUCCGGCCCUUCCACGCAACACUUGCUGGCCAUGUUGACGCUGAUGUGGGCGACGAGCUGGUCCUCAUAAACGAUACGCAUUGGUAUUGGUGGCUUGUUCGUGUUCAGCGAACUGCAUGCAUCGGCUACAUCCCGGCGGAGUUUGUUGAACUCGUUUCUGAGCGGGUUGCUCGCCAAAACAAAGACGCCAAUACGUUUAUUCCCAUCCCUAUGCAACACAUGCGUAGGGCCUCAGCAUCCUGUUCUGGCAAAAAGAGGGUCCGCUUUGCGGAGGCUUGUUGCUACGAGCCCAGUUUUUAUGCUAGCUGCCCCAACAGCCCACCCGGACUCGAGAACGAUUCCAGCGAUACCAGUGACAUUAGUGAUGAAUGCGAGUCUCCAAUCAGUGAGGACACUCCCAUCAUCCAUUUGAAAACGGACGCCGCAGAUGCACCCAGAAAAGAGAGUCCCAUCUUCCAGACCGGCUUUGACGCAAUCCACAAGAUCGACAACAAGCUCAGUGUCCUAAUUCGCGGUUUAAAAUAA